GCGUUCCUCAUUCAUCUCCGUGCGCGUGAGUGAGAGGCAGCAAGCAGGCGGAGUGUGAGUCCUGCUGACACCACAAUAUUAUUCAGAACCUCGACUCAUACACAUUCAGGAUACAUUGGGAUUAUUAACAUCUCACCAGUCCAGAUUCAUCAGCUUUUGUCCUCCUUGUCCAUCAGGUGCUGGAGAGCCUCAGGUAGAACUGACGAGCUGACGGUUUGGUGCAGUAGGGCGCAGCGGGGGGGCAGAGAGGCGAGCGCAUGAGGAGAGGGUGUCCCGAGACCCCCGUCUCCACCGCGCGCACACACACCUUCACAGACACACCGCGACUAGCAACCCUCCAGCCGCCAUGAGGUCUAUUCGGUCAUUCGGCAAUGAUGACCGUCACGUCAUGGCCAAACACUCCACCAUCUACCCUUCCUCUGAGGACCUGGAGGCAGUGCAGAGCCUCGUCUCCACGGUCGAGUGCGCCCUCAAACAUGUGUCUGAUUGGAUGGAUCAAUCUCAAGCCAGCCAAUCGAAUCCAACAAAUGCAUCAAGCACACAGGAGGAGGAGACAGAGCCCACCGUGGACGAAUCGCCAGAAGGCAGCACAAAUGAGGAAAGCAGCUGUAGCAGUGGUCCCAGUGAAGGAGGAGUGCUGUGUGGAGUCAUGAGGAUCGGUCUGGUGGCCAAAGGCCUUCUGAUUAAAGAUGACAUGGACCUGGAGCUGGUGCUCAUGUGCCGAGAGAAUCCCACCAAGACUUUGCUGAGCACCGUCUGUGAGCACCUCCCACAGCAGAUUGAGAAGCUGACGGAGGAGAAGUAUGAGGUACAGCAGUGUAUUCCUGAGGCCGCCAUCUUAGUCUGCACCACAACAGAACCCAAGCUCACGCUGAAGGUGACGCUCACCUCUCCGCAGUUUAAAGACGACUGUGAGACCGAGGAGCAAGAGAGCGUUGAGUCGAGCGAGCCGGCGGACCUGUUGGAUAGACAGAGGUGCCUGGUGGCGUUGGCCUCUCUGCGACAUGCCAAAUGGUUCCAGGCUAGAGUUAAUGGCCUAAAGUCAUGCGUGAUCGUCUUGCGGAUACUGAGGCACAUGUGCAAUAGAGUCCCGGCGUGGGAGCCUCUUAAAGGAUGGCCUUUGGAGUUAAUAUGCGAAAAGGCCAUUGCCACAUGUAACAGACCUCUGGGUGCAGGAGAGGCUCUGCGUCGGGUCAUGGAGUGUCUGGCCUCUGGGAUACUGCUUCCAGGUGGACCAGGAUUGCAUGAUCCCUGUGAGAAGGAGCCAACGAACACCCUGUCGGCCAUGACGGAUGAGGAGGCAGAGGCUAUUACAUCCAAUGCACAGCAUGCUUUGCGGCUCAUGGCUUUUGGACAGAUCUAUAAGGUCUUGGAUAUGGACCCUCUUCCCUCAAGUAAACCUUCACAGAAAUACCCCUGGUCAGAUAAGGAAGGUCUAGGGCUGAAGAGACCUUAUGAAGAUGGUCUGAUGGAUGACAAAGACCUCAUCAAAAAGAUGAAACGCAACCUGAGAAAAGCAGUUCUUGACAGUAAAGCAAUAGACUCCAAUCAGCCUAUGAACGCUCUGAUGCGCUUGAACCAGAUCCGGCCGGGGCUGCAGUACAAACUGCUGUCUCAGUCAGGUCCGGUUCACGCCCCCGUCUUCACCAUGUCCGUAGACGUCGACGGCACUGUUUACGAAGCCUCGGGAUCCUCCAAGAAGACCGCCAAGUUGCACGUGGCAGUAAAGGUGCUGCAGGCGAUGGGUUACCCUACUGGCUUCGACACAGACCUGGACUCCAUGAGUGCAGAUGAGAAGUCAGAUGGCGAGGGAAAGAGUGAAUCCUCCACACACUCAAGCAAUAACACAACACACUCCUCAGACAGCUCCAACACAUUGGAGGUACGAACUCAGGGUCCUAUUUUGACGGCCAGCGGGAAGAACCCAGUCAUGGAGCUGAAUGAGAAGCGGCGCGGCCUGAAAUACGAGCUCAUCUCAGAGAGUGGAGGAAGUCACGACAAACGCUUCGUCAUGGAGGUGGAAGUGGAUGGACAGAAGUUUCGCGGUGCAGGGCCCAAUAAGAAAGUAGCCAAAGCCAGCGCUGCCCUUGCAGCUCUAGAGAAACUCUUCUCCGGGCCGAAUGCUGCUGGCAACAAGAAGAAGAAAAUAAUCCCUCAGAGUAAAGGGGCAUUAGCUGCAGCCGCUGCUGUGUCUGCUGUUGCGGUUCAGGCUGCACGAGGCCGAGGAAGACCAACUCUCACACGAGGAGCCUUCGUCAGUGCUGCAGCAGCACCAGGAUACGUCACGCCAGGCUUCGGAGCCCCAUACGGGUACAGCGCAGCGGCCGCCACUCCUGCAUACGGUGGUCUUUUCAUUGACAAUCCCUUUUACCAGCCGCGGACCAUCGCUCCUUUUUUUAUUCACUUGGGUCCUCAAGAUCUCUUCUCUGACUUCUAGAACCAUCAGGUUGUGUGGCUCUAAACUGUCGUACCACUCCAGGCUUGACCAGGCUGUCUCCACCUCACAGAAACGGCCCAAACUUCAUAAACAAACCCGAUUUAAGGAUCCAAAAAUGCACCAAUCUUACAAAAGCAAUACUCUCUAUUUGACUUGCUCGUCCCGAUAAAGUGGCCCGAGGACCUCGGGUUCCUCCUUAUAUAGCAAUACACUUGAACUCUUUUGGGCUUUAAGCUUACUUGAGAUGUGAAUGUUCGGUUGAGUCUUACUCAAACUUGGCAUUGCAAUAUAGUCAUUGUCACUGUAUAUUCACCACAUGUGUAUAUGUGGCUAUAUUAUAAAUACAUGCAUAUAUAUGUAUGGUCUAUGGCACUAUAAAUAUAUAUGUGUAGAUAUACCAAUGUACUUAUGUAUAUUUAUAUACAGUAUAUAUACAUAUACAUAUUCUUGGUAUUCAUUAUUUUAGAGUUGGAAAGUGUAACCGUUAUACUAGGAUAUAUACACCUUUCUUCCAGUUUUAUAUAUACAGUAUACAAUAUAUAUAUAUAUGCUAAGCAAUUUAAUCUCGUAAAUUAUUCUUGUGAACAUGCAAUAUAAAAGCCCUUUUCUUAAUCUACCUGUAGUAGAUUAGUAAUGCUUCCUUCUCUCGGACUCGAGCAGCUUCGCCGUGUCAUUUCUGCGUCUGUUUUUUUUUUGUUUUGUUUUGUUUUUUGCUCAGUUGACCAAAGUCUGGUGUUCUGGUUGGGUUAAGAGCUCGUCCUUCAAACAUCUGGCCAACUGUGCCACCUACAUUCACUGCUCACAGGCGAACACGCAGGUCUUUCUAAAGCACACCCGACGGCAGAUUUCUUUUUCUUUCUAGCCGUCGACUUAGGUGCAUACUUGUACACGUAACCACGGUAUGAGGGCAGCUAAUGUGACCUAGUCACUCCUCACUUUUACUUGUAAAAAGCACAGGUUAAGGUUACUGUAAUGUGGCAUAGGUGGCCCUUCAUUUCAUUCAUAUCAUUAUCCCUUCUUCUCAGGCCUGUUUCAUAGCGCACAUAAAAGGGGCACAUAUUUGGACAUGUAUGGGUGUUGUUCACACUUGGUAGGUUUGGGUUUGAUGAAUGCUGACUGGUGGAGUUGCUCUUUUAAUGUAGUUUGCGAAUGCUACCAUUUGAAAAAAGUAGAGCGCUGGAAAAUGGGUCUCAGUCCACUUUCAAAAAAUCUCUGAUGCAAGAUGCCUGAUAUAUGAAUGUAGCAUGGACCAAAGACAGCUAAAGAAAUGAAGCAUGCACUAAAAAAUACAUGAACUAUUAUUUGUUUAGUAUAGGGUUGUAUACUUAGUCUUAGUUUUUCUGUAUAAAACAUUACGGAGUGCAGAAAUGGUGAGUAAUUUUACCUAAAACUGAUAUUAUUGCAAAUGGUUUACACAAUUUGGCUCUUGAUUUAAUUAGAAUUUGUUCUCUGUAGGAGGUAGGGCUGUGUGAUUAAUCGAAAUCGAUUGAAACAUUGUGAUUAGCUAAAUGCACGAGGCUGUGAUAUGAAAUAUAAAUGUAUUAUUACAUUUGCCCCGCCCAGAGCAAAUGAGUGACUGCCAUCUGUGUGUGACAGUCUUACUAGCUAAUUGAGUGAGCACACUUUUAUUCUGCUCAAUCAGAAUUGCUCAACCGAACUAUGCAGAAGGCCCACAAUAAAAAAACUGGAAAGAGCGGACGAGUGGGAUGAUGGCAUUUCACGCUUCAGAACCAUUAAUCGAUUAAUUAAUAUCAAAGAAAAACAGGACAUCAGUAAAAUGGGAAUAUUUUGGUUUCAAAGUCACAGACACCAAACAAAACAGAUAAUUUGUAAUAAUUGUUGCCACAGCCCGAGGAAAUAUAACAACCAGCCCCUAAAAAAGCACCACAGGCAUGAGGAGCGUCUUUCUAAAAAGUCAACUGAAAGAAUCUAGUAGCAAGCAUAAUAUAAGUAUAAUUUUAGAGUUGUUUAAGCCAUGUUCGUUUACUGAGUGUUCUGUAUUAUAUAAUUAUAAUUUUUUGUAUUUAUAAUAAUUUAU